GUAAAGUGUAUCUGUUCAAAACACGGACUUGCGCGCUCGCUCACACUCGUAUCAAUGGGAAUGUUAAUCUGUUGAUAACAACGUCUACCUCUGGCGAGGGAACGGGACGACACACAACGUUUUACCAUUCGAAAGAUAUUAGCUCUGGUCGCUGAAGAAGAGUUCUUCAAAGCAAAUACAUUGAUUGUUAUUUGAUCUAACGGGCGAAGUUCCACAGACUGAAACUAAUGCUAUGAGAAAUAGCUUCACGCACAGUGAUCACCUGUGAGCAGUUUUUAAGUGUUACCGUAGUUAAUGAAACUAUCUAUGUCGAUCGUUCGUCGCCGUGUUUACGUAAGAUGUGAGAGUCGGUUGUGUUAAACGUCGAGAGAGAGAGGAGACCAGACGAACCUGCGUACGUUCCCAACAACACACAAGCGACGGCGAAAGAUGAUGGUCGUCUCCUGUGCGCUGGUGUUAUCGAAAAAAUAAACAAAACAAAAAAAACAACUAGGAACAACUUCAGAAGAAUAUACUGCCUUUUCGCUUUUAUUUGGUGUAGCAGGGAAAAGGAAAGAAAAAAAAGGCACUUCGGCUUGAUACUAUACUCUACAUACUGCGCCGCCAUCCGACCAAGGCAAGAGAGAAGGAGGUUUUUACGAAUCCAUCCAUAAACUGUCGAUGGUCAUGCUCGGAGCGCUCUUCACAGUUGUUCAGCGGCGUUGGACGAAUACGGACGCGAGUGAAAGUGAAAUCGCGGGUUUUGCUCAAUAUUUCGAAAGGCGGUUUUUUCGUGACGUUGUGAGACUGGUUUCAAUAUUUUUGUGUAAACAUCUAUCUGCCAUUUAGUAGCUGCUGCUGGCUGCUAUUGCUUCUGUGGCUGCUGUUUUGUGCAAAUUUGUGUAAAUCGACAACAGUGAACGAUACGUGCCCGAACUUCAAAUGUUAUCGAAAGGAACUAGGAAUCAAUAUUUUGCAACAAUAUGUGCAAAUCUAUCCACACUGAUAUACGGCCUGUCUGUGGGCUGGCUGUCGCCAAAUUUGGAGCUGCUGCUGUCCGAUGCCACACCCCUCAGCUCCGGCGUAAUCAGUAGUUCGGAGGCCGGCUGGAUCGGCUCGAUCGGCACGGUGGGAUGCGUCGUCGCUGUGCUCAUAUGUGGCUGGGUGGCGGAGAUGGUUGGCCGGAAGGCCGCGCUUGUGUUAAUCGGCGUGACACAGCUGGCUAGCUGGGUUGUAGUGCUUUUCGCGUCCGAUUUGACUAUGAUCUACGCGUUUAGGAUUUUGGGUGGCUUCGCCGGCGGAGGUACAUUCUCCAUUGUGCCAAUGUUUGUGUCGGAAAUCUCGGAAGACAGAAUCCGUGGAACUCUGGGAGCCAUAUUAUCCAUCACUUGUAAUCUUGGAAUAUUGAUAGGUUUCAUCUUAUGUUACUAUUUAGAUUACUACACCGUGACUUACAUCGCGCUGGCAUUCUGCAUUUUGUUCUCUGUUGGGUGCAUGUUCCUACCAGAAUCUCCUCAAUAUCUGAUUACCAAGGAAAAGAAAGAGAGAGCGAUUGAAUCGCUUUGCUUCUACAGGGGAGAAGACGAUCAGGAGUCAUCCAAGUUUCUGUCGGAGCUCGCCAGAUUCAAGGACACACAAAGCAGUGCCACCAAAGACUCAAACGGUCGGGUGCAAUUACAUAUUAAGGAUUUAUUGAGCAAGCCAACAUUGAAGGGCAUUUUAAUUUGUGUCAUAGUGAUGAUGUUCCAUCCGAUGUCCGGAUCGGUACCAUUGAUCACCUUUACCGAUAGCAUUUUCCGUGAAUCGGGUUCCGAUCUUCCGCCGGCAACAUGCGCCAUGAUCGUCGCCGCCAUCCAACUGGUGGGGUCGUACGUCUCCUCCGUAACGGUGGACAAGGCCGGCCGGAAGGUGUUACUCAUUACCUCAGCUUUGGGUUGUGCAAUAUGCUCCGCCACGAUGGGAACCUAUACAUUCCUGAACGUGGUCGGAGUCGACCUGACCUACUUCAAGUGGAUCCCGGUUACCACGCUGUCCGGGUUGGUGUUCAUCACCGCCAUCGGUAUCGCUAUAGUUCCAUUCAUCAUCAUGCCGGAGAUCCUGGACCCCAGGGUGCGCGGCUUUGUCAUUACCUGGUGUUUGCUGGAGUUCCACGCGGUUGCGUUCAUGGUGGUGAAGCUGUUCCCUACGGUCGUGGAGAAAUUUGGUCUCUACUCGGUGAUGUGGUUUUUCUCGUGUUGCUGCGUAGCCGCAGCAACAUUUGUGAUAUUCUACGUGCCAGAAACGAAAGGAAAAAGUUUCGAAGAAAUCACGGAGUCGUUGGAUUCCGAGAAAAAAAACGUACCAAAGCGAACCUCUUUAGAUGUUUAGAAGCGCUAUACCAGUCAAGUCAUACAACAACUAAUCAAACACAACAAAUGAAAACUAUGCGCAUGACAAGUUCAAAAGCUAGGGAUAAGUCGAGAAUAAGCUUUAAUUUUAUGUUUAAACUUUAUGACGUUAAUAAAUUUAAGUUUCUUUUA